UAUUGGGAGGGCAGGUUAAAUUAACAAAACCCUAAUAAAAAAGUGUAGACGGGGAUGCAUUUAGGGUUUUGGUUUAUGAGUAGCGAGAUACAGUUUUGAAGGCUAUUGCGAAGAGGAAACAAUAUUUGGAGCCGCGUCAAUUGUUUGCAGAGAAAAAAAUCAACAGCUAUGAAGGUUGUGGCGGCUGUCUUGCUUGCUGCCUUGGGUGGCAAUUCCACCCCUUGUGUUGACGACAUCAACGAUAUCCUCGGCUCAGUGGGUAUUGAGUGCGAUUCCGAUAGAAUAGAGAGUUUGCUGGGGCAACUAAAAGGAAGGGACUUGAUCGAGGUUAUAGCGGCAGGGAGGGAUAAGAUUGCAGCGGUUCCAUCAGGAGGGGGUGUGGCAGUUGCAGCUUCUGGCGGCGGCGGCGGCGGCGCUGCUGCUCCGGCCGCGGCUCCUCAAGCCGAAGCCAAGAAGGAAGAGAAGGUCGAAGAGAAAGAGGAAUCCGAUGACGACAUGGGCUUCAGCUUGUUCGAUUAAAGAGAUUAGUAGGUACAUUGCAAAAUGGGGCCAAUAUUUUGCAGUAGGGAGCAGCUUAGUGUAUUUCAGAUGGUAUAUGUCAUAUGAAGUUAAUUUUUCAGGUGGUUCAAGAUCAUAGUGGAUGAAGGAAAAAAGGCUUCUAGUUUUUUGACUAUUUUUAUAAUGUUCUUUAACAGAUGCCAUCUUUUUUUAACCUUUGUAAGCUUAUGAAAUGUUGUCAACCCUUCAAAUUUUUUAGUUCUUUGAAAAAGCUCCCAAUGUAGGAAAUGUUUAACAUCAAAUUUUGUUUCAAUUACUAUUUAUUCUGAUGAGCUGAGUAUCAUUUUAAUGC